GAAAUUACGAAAAGAAAAUAUCUUGUUACAAAAUUCUCCAACAAUAUUAUUAAUACCAAUUGAUAUUUUACAUGAAAUAUUUUAUUAUCUUCAAAAUGAUCUUCAUUCUUUACAUUCGUGUUUACGAGUUUCCAAACAAUGGUGUCAAGCGAUAAUUCCAAUAUUUUGGAGUAAACCAUUUCGUGAAAAUAAAAGUUCCGUUAAUGUGGUUAAUACAUUUUUAAAAUGUUUAAAUAAACAAGAAAAAAAUAAUUUAACAUACAAUCUUGGUAAUCUUGACGAUGGUGAUGGUGAUGGUAAUAAUCUCGAUAUCGAUAUUCUUGACGAUCGUAGUACAGUAUUAUUUCAAUAUGCGAAUUUUUUAAGAGAAAUCAGUAUGCAAAGAUUAUAUCUUGGAGUAAAUACUUGGGUUAAUAAGAAGAAGAUUGAUAAAACUUGGGAUACUUUAGUAAUUAAUAAAUAUAAUAAUUUAAUAUGUCGAGCAUUAUGUCGUCUUUUCCUAACAAAUAGUAAAUCACUUCGUUCAUUAUCACUUGAUUUUUAUAAUUCAUCCAAAUUUAAAUCAUAUCCAUACUUUCCAUAUCACAAAAUGGCCAAACAAUUCUUAACGAAUCUUUGUGAAUUGACAAUUCAUUAUCAUUUAUCUCGUCGUGAUUUAUUUAUGGAUUUUCAAGAAUAUUGUAAAAAUUUAAAAAGACUUGAAUUAAUUGAUUACACUUGGAAGAAUUUACCCGAGAAACGACAUGAUUCA